AUGGAGCUGAAGGGGCAAGUCUCUUCUUUAAAGACGCCUCUCAAGCCUCUUCCUCCCCUUCUUUCCCCUCCUCCACCCCUUCCCCCCCCCCCCCCCACCUCUUUUGGUCUCUCUCGUCCCCAGCGCCGCAACGAUCACAUGGAGCUGAGGGCGAAGGUGCUGUCGCUGUUGCGCCUGCAGGAUGGAGGGGGAACGACGGGGAAAAGAACAGGGGGCAGGGGAGCGGGGAAGGGGGGAAUGCGGAGCAGGCAGCACGGAUGGGGAGCGGGAGGAGCUGGCGUUCGUACGGCUUUGCUGCUGGCAGUACAUGCAAUGCAUCGCACGGGCAUAGCGCACCGCGACCUCAAGCCAGAGAACAUACUCGUUAGUAGCGGCCCCGGUGCUUGUAGAGGCCUUUGCACUGUAGCUGACGACGCCCUCUUCUCCCACCGCGUCUCCUCCUCCUCAUACCAUCACGACAACCAGCCCCCCUCGUGUCCGUGCACGGGCAUGCGAGUGAAGAUAGCUGAUUUCGGGCUGGCAGCAGCGCUGGCGCGCGGGCAGACAACGGCGUGUGGGGUGGUGGGCUCACCCUUCUAUAUGGCUCCUAAGAUCAUCCGGGGAAGGCCCUAUGCGGGGGAGGUCGACAUGUGGAGCCUUGGCUGCAUUCUCUACAUCUGCGUGUCGGUUCCACGGAAGGACACACCGCGAGGUGUUUGCUUCGGUGCUACGCUCGGCGCCAGACCUGAAAGGCGAGGUAUGGGAGGGCAUUUCAAGGGAGGCUAA